CGGGCCGGGGCGGGCUGAGGCGGCCAUGGCGGGCCCGGGCGGAGCUGUCAUUGCCUGGGGCAGAUGCCUGCACACCACGGUGAAGUUUCUGAGGAAAACUGGAACUGAGCAGAGGUGGUUGGAGCGGCACUUGAAGGAUCCCUUUGUCAAGGCAUCCAAGCAGCAGCAGUACCGGUGCCGAAGUGCCUUCAAGUUGCUGGAAAUUGAUGACAAGCUCUGUGUUCUUCGUCCAGGAUUUUCUGUUCUUGACUGUGGAGCAGCACCUGGUGCUUGGAGCCAGGUUGCUAUAGAGAGGGUCAAUGCCUUAGGUACUGAUGCUGCUGUCCCCACCGGCUUCGUGCUUGGCGUUGACCUGCUGCGGAUUUCUCCUCUGGAAGGGGCGGUUUUCCUGUCGGAGACUGACAUGGCAGAGCCCAGCACGCUGAGGGCCAUCCAGAGCCUGCUUCCCUUGGGGAAGGCAGAUGUCAUCCUGAGUGACAUGGCACCCAAUGCCACAGGCAUCAAAGAGCUGGAUCACCAGAAGCUGAUCAGUCUGUGUUUAGGCCUCCUGGAUAUGGCCCAAAGCAUUUUAAAGCCGAAAGGAACGAUGCUCUGUAAAUUCUGGGAUGGAUCCGAGGCCCGCCUGCUGCAAAACAAACUGAAGGAGCAGUUCCAGGAUGUGAGAACUAUAAAGCCUCAGGCCAGCCGGAAGGACUCUGCGGAAUCUUAUUACUUGGCAAAGCUGUACAGAGGGAAAUGAAAGUCAUGAGCUGCACAUUCUGUGAAUUUGACUGGAAAUCUCAGUUUAGUGGGUGUUAAAAGGAAAAUCCCACCAUUAAGGCCUUGGGGAAGUUUGCUACUCUUCUUUAAGUCCGUCAGGCUUUUCAAAUACUUGUGGACAAAAUGGUUGGGAAUGGAGAGGAGUAAUCUGAAAGGCAACCUCUGGGGCUGGAGUAAUGGAAAUGAAAAUAAAACACUGAUUAUAUGAGUUUUUAAUGCAUGCCUGAAAACCAUUGCAGCGUUAAUGCUGUCAUACAUGAGACUGACCAUAAAGGGGAUUGUCAGAACGUGAGGGAACAGCAAAGGGGAGUUUGAGCCAAUUCAGUGCCUUUUAGAAGCUGGUGCAAUUUAUUAGCACAGGUAAAAAAUAGAAAAUGUUUCUGUGUGCAUCAGGAUCUGCAUCCUCACGCAGGGUGUGUAACACAGCCAUGUGAGAGGCACGGCUGGCUUGGGAAUGAUCAUCCCCAUGGCUCUGCUGCCUCUCCUGCACACACAGGUUAUAUUUAGGAGUUGCUGCUUCCUGGCACUCAUAAAUCCAGUCAAUGGCAGUGGGACAGGGUCAUGGCCGUGCAGAUCAUCCCCCCAGUGCUUUUUAGGUGUGGCCAGUGGUGUUUCUCAGGCAAAAAGACAAGAUGUUCCUAAGAUCCCAGCAGGGAGAAUGACUGAAUUGCCGGAAAUCUGCUCACACAAAUAAA